AUGGCAAAUGAAAGCGAAAUAUACAAUACAACUAGCGUAAACCCGACAUCUGGGGGCCUUACGAAUGGGUCAGAAGCGCAGAUACCCGUCGCCGAACCUCAAGCCUUGAGAGUGAUCCGGAUUUUGCUUUAUGUGGUAAUAUUUUUUAUUGGAACAAUUGGAAAUGUUUUGGUGCUUUUGGUUGUCUAUAAAACACCUUCACUGCGUUCAGGUAGGCGGGAAAUGUUUUGUAUUAAUACUGAGCCUGAGAGAAAAUGGAAUUGCCAUAUAUAUUAUACUGUAUAUGGUAAGAUUUUUGGCAUCUAUAUACACUCGACAUAACUAAUUGUAGAAAAGUUUAGUAAAUGCAAAUUUUGAGUGUGAAUUUUAUAAAUGGUAUAAGAACAUAUAGUUAUAUUUUAAAAUAUUUUGUUUUCACAAGCUAGACUGUACUUUAUUAACUAACUUUAUUUAUACUGAAUAGCUCUAAACUGUCUCUCUCUGAAUCAGUUCUAAACUGUCUCUCUAGGAGGUCAGUAUAAUGCAUGGUAAUAUUUGCUGGCUAGGUGUCACUACAGCUAUAGGAGACCCAGGCUUUUCAGUUUAGAUAUUGGGUAAGGAGAACCAUAUAUUGGUGUCCAAGGCCAGUAAUAAUUUUAUGCCACAAUCGUCCCUAAUUGUGCCAAAACUAAACUAACUUCGACAAUGGAUAGACCUUGCUAACUAGUAAAGUUCUCGUUUACUGGAUUUUUUACAAUUUUAGCAAUAAUCAUAAUCAUAAUCACAACUCUGAGAAAUAUUCACUAAAACAGAAACUAAUGAUUAACAUGUACUAAAAUCUGAUAAAAUUAGAGAGGAAUUGAUUAACAUACGACAUAAAUUUGACAGUUAAAAUUCAGUGAUUGACGAGUAUCAUUAGUUUGGACUUGGAUCAAUAAGGGAUUGGCCUUGCUGAACCUUUAGGGAAAUUUAAAACUGUUUAGAACUGAUAGAACUAUCGAGUGAAAAUAGAAUCAAGUUCAGUUUAUAGUUUUGUAGUUAACUAUAGUGCUGAUUGUAAUUUCAUAAUAGUAAGUAACACCACUGGCUAGAGCUAUAUUGCUAUUCGUGCGUAAAAUAUGCAAAUUGUGGUUUUUCGGGCGAUUGCGCGAAAAUUAUACCUUAGCUAUUAGUAGCAGUAAUUUAUACCACGUGCGCACAAUGUGUAUGUAUAUCAAUUACGCGCGAUCAAGCAUGUAAAUUAUAAAUCAUCCGCGCUAUACAAUUGUUGUGUGCGGUAUAGCCAUAUAUUUCCAAAUUUGGCGCGCAAUUUAUUCAAAAACGAGAAACGUUUAUAAUUGCGAGAGUUGAUGAAAUGUUGAAGCAAUUAUCUUGAAAUGAUGAGAUCAUAUUGAGUGAUAAAAAAUUCCGAAAACUUUUAAAACCCGAAAUGAUAUUUGCUGUUGGAUGGCCGUUACAUUCGUUAAUACUAGAGCUUAUAUUUUAACAAGGUUUUGCUAUAAAUUCUCAUCUCAAAGCGAACAAGAUAGUUGUAACUAUUACAUAUAAUAAAGACUCUAAAGAUUUCUGUCAUCUUAAUUAUAAAGCGCAAAUGAGAAAGCCAUGGCGUUUCAGAAUGAGUAAUCAAUCUCUAUUUGACUUGCCGACAUGUUUAAUGACAAAAAGAUGUUCAGACUAUAUGCAUUGCAACCAGUACUCAUCGUUUGAGCUAUUUCAAAAACUUCACUAGGCAUGGCUCACCUUACAUAAUUUGAGUCAAAAUGAAGAAAAUCAUUACGGUAUUUUUCGUCUUGAAAAACAAGGCCCCUGCAAAUUUGUACAAACUUUUAAAGAAACACAUAAUAUCCCAACAAUUAGAUCAUUAAUUACUGAUCUAAAAGUUCCCAAAGUUACUAUAUUGAGUCUGGGAAAUCAAAGAUACCUUAUUGUGGGACAAUGUUAUUUUAAUCUCUCCCAAACCAUUUAUAAGAUAUCCAAAACAACUUAAUAAUAAAAAUUUCAAAAAUCCAUUAACACAAAACAACAGAAACUCCAUGAAUUGUUGGAAAAACAACUCUGAUGCCAAAUAGACAGUUUUUGCCGCAUUGAUAAUGGUCAUGAUGUCAAAUGAAGUGAUUGUCGUGAAUUCCUUACACAAUUUCCGACCUAUAACACGUGUAGGCGUGUCUAUUCACUAAUAUAAACUUUUCUCAGCCACGACAGCCAAAACAUGCCAGGUCUGUGAUUCAUUUUCCAGAUGUUUAAAGCCCAGCGCACACUAGUGCAAGUUGCAGGCACACUUGUCAUUCGUGGCCAAUUACAUGCUAGCCUGUGUCCCGGCUAUGCAGAAGACUGGACGAGAUUUCAAGUGCGCGCAAUUUGAUCCGAGUCCGAAGCCGAAGACUAGAUCAAUAUGCGGCGACUUGAAAUUUAGCCCAGGCAGAAUUGAAAGAUUUGAAAUGACAUCUCAUAAGAAUUAAAUCACUAUUUAAAGUCAGGUGAAUUAAUAUUGAUCCAGUCCAAGGACUAAACUAAUUUCGAUCCAGUCCCAGGACUUCACCAGGUAUCCUGCAGUGUUAUCUUGUGAGCAAAAUAAAGCAAUAUGGUUGGCUAAUUUACUCAUGAAUUAUUAACGACUUGAAACACUUAUUUUCAUGUUAACUUUACGCCCUUGGUUUUAUGAAAUAUUUUUCUUUAUUUUAUAGUAACUGGCUAUAUGAUCGCGAAUCUAGCUGUGGCGGACUUAAUGGUAGCAUUGUUCUGUCUCCCAGUCACACUCGUUUAUAUGGAGCUCAAAACUUGGCCAUUUGGUUACGCCAUGUGCAAAAUACUACCAUUUGUUCAAUCUAUAUCUGUCAUGGGAUCCGUGGGGACAUUGACGGUCAUCAGUAUCGGUAAGGAAUAUAAGUGGAUAUAAGUGCAUCUAAAAUCUGAUUGGCUAUCACAAUCCAAAUUAUAUCAUAUGUUACGGCAUAUCCUAAUCCUAACUCUAAUUACCCAGCCUCAUCCACAGCGCCAUAUUCUAAUUCUCUCAAAAUCUACUUUCAGAUCGCUAUCGGUGCAUUGUCAAUACAUUCGCGUCCCGAUUAUCCAUGGGUGUCCUCAGAAAGCUUGUCUGUCUUAUAUGGUCAGUGGCGGUGGUCCCUGCCUUGCCGUUACUUGGUGUAAACACGCUGCACGAGUACUCCCCAAAAUCAAUACAAUGCAUGGAAAAGUGGCCCAAACUCAAAUACCAGACGAUAUACAGUACCGUAUCAUUUGCGCUAACCUACGCCAUUCCCCUGACUAUAAUGUGCCUGCUAUACGUCAAAAUAGCAAUUGCAUUGAAUAAAGUUGUCAGAGAAGGAGGGAACAGAGAGGGCUUUACCAACCAGAAGAAGAAAGAUAAAGUGCUGCGAAUGUUAUUGGCUUUGGUCAUCGCGUAUGCCACGUGUUUUCUACCCAAUCACGUGAUCGUAUUAUGGGUCGAAUAUGGAGACGGAGGGAGCAACAG